GGAGCUGAGCAAAAAAGUUAAGCUUGAAUAAGCCCUUUCUUCAGCACUUUCCUAUUUACCUGGAUACAUCCACAAUACGGCCUAUCGAAUUAUGGCGUCUUUUGUGUUACCCGGCGCAUAGCUAUUGUGGGUCAUUACGUAACAAUACACUUUGAUGUCGUUUGUGACGUAUCUCUACUUAAGUGUGGUUUUAAUGCGCACGCAUCGCAGAUAUACCGCUGCACAACCAACACACAACCCAUUAUAUUCAUACACUGUGUACGACUUCAUUGGACAUAUUAUCGGAGAUAAAAUAGAAAAUGUAUUUCAAGAAGACGUCGGAUAAAACCUGAAAAUUACAAUUCAUUAACAGUGGAUACCUAAGAUAUUAUAUUUUGGAAACAAUGCAGGUUUGAUUCGGGGUCAACAUCAAUUUAAACAGUGUUCACAACGACCAUCUGAUCCUGUAAAGAUUUCCUGUCACCAAGUAGCGAGAAAAUGAGGGAAUAUUCCUCCGCGGUUCUUCUCAUCGUCACCGUCAUCAUCGUCGGCCUCGUCUCGCUGACGAGCGCGGCAACGCACGCCACCAACAUCAGCAGCAGCUCGGUGGGCAAGAGCAACGCAGACCUCACAUGGGUUAUCCCCAGUGACCUCUCCCAGGCCAGUUAUUACGUUCUUUACGUCCUCGACGAGGGACUCAACGUCGUCCUCAACGAAACCGUCGAUGACGUCAACUCAGCAACAUACUCCCUCACCCAACUGACUUUCUCCACGUACUACAAUGUGACAAUCUACACGCACGACGCAGCAGACGAUGCCAUCGGCAGUGACACGUUUUUGUUCGUAACCGACUAUGAUCCCCUAAAUUUCCGCGCUCUGUGCGCCAUUGGCGUAGUCGGAGCUCUCGUUCUCAUUCUCAUCGUGGUCAAAUUGGCGGGAAAGAUCUGCAACCCCGACAAGGGUGCCGACAAAUGGAAGCAGGAAAUUUUGGAGACCAAACAGAGGGACCGAGAAGAGAGAAAGCGGAAGAUGCAGGCGAAGGGAGGAUCGAGAGCAGAUCUUGAUGUCGAAGGUCUAGCAUGAUGAUCAAUACCAAUUCAUGAUCGAUUUCCCAUUUUCUCUCCUCUGUCCAAAUGACUAAGAGUGACUAUAAUGUUUUCUGGUCGGAUUUUUACUCAUUGCAACGAUUCCAAAAUCAGAACGCCAACUUUUUUGCGACACCUUGUUCUUUUCUUCAAAAUCAGACACAAUCAAGCUUAAUAACAUGAAUAAUAAUAAUAAAGAUGCAACAGCUGUCGUGAUAAUUUUCGAUGCAUAUUACUUGAAAGCAACAUAAAGAAUAUCGAUACUACAGUAUUCGUACCGUUUGCAGUGGUUGACAUAGGAAAUGGAUAUGAAAACAGUGAGCGUUAUUCUUUAAGUGAGAACACCUUUUCCCAUUUCAGAUUAUUUGUGUGGAUUUUUAACAGAGGCGGGGAGCUUGUGAGGAAAAUUCUGAAAAAAAAAUCGAGGCCUAUUUUCUGUGCUCCCCUCUCUUUCGUUUAUCAAAUCUUAGAUCCUUAAAUCAUUAUCUAGGCCUAUAAUACCCCACAGGUAUACUUUUUUACUUGAAUACCAAGUCUAACAUUAUAUAACUGUUGAAAAAGAAAUCAAGGACCACUUUACACCAUAAUCAUGUUUCAUUAUAUUCCAGCAUAAUUUAUAACCGGAUUUGCUAUAGAUUUACAAUCUAAUAAUCAGGUAUUAUCAGUGUUAUAUACAAGAGUCCUCAAGUCAAGCUUCUGUUUUCGCUGUUUGAAUGCCUGCGCUAUACUACAUUGAAUGUAUAUAUCCAUUACCAUAUGACUGUGUAAUUUUGUAUCCUUUUCCCGGUAUUCGUUUUCAUAUUUUACUUACUAUUGCUCCUUUUAAUGACCAAUAUGUUUGUCUGAAUUCAUUUGUAAACAUAGAUGAAGUUGAAGGAAUUGAAAAGUAGUUUUACUAGAUUUACUUUCGAAGCACAAAUAGUUUAUUAAAAAAAGCAAUAUAACGCUAAAUACAUAGCGGUAUAUCGAUUUUAUCGAUUGAUAUGUGUAAAAAUUAAUUUAGCAAAAUUUUUUUUGGUAUGUGCAAUACGGAUUUAAAUCAUGUGAUUGGUUAUUGAUCCGAGAAUGCACAAUCACCCGGUGAUCGAAGUAAACGAUUCAAAAUAUGUUUUAAACUAUAUGACGUCACCCACCAUGGUUAAAGUACUGCAAGAUGAAGAAUGUAAAUAGAUUGAUUAAAAUUAUGAGCUUAAACAUCGAUAAAAAUUUACAGUUUAACCCUAGAAGGACUGGCUAUUUGAGAUGUAUUAAGGACGGGGGGGGGGCAUGAUGGCCCCCUUCUGAUCUCGGCCACCGUUCUCCCGAUCGCGCCGAAAUUUGGCACGCACAUAUAAACUACAAGCCAGUAUAAAAACAAAAUCCGAAAAUAUUUUUUUAUUUUUAUUAUGAAUAAAAUAUGCAAAUUUAUUCAUGAAAACAGUAUUUGCAUAUUUUACACUUCAAAUUUUAUCUUAUUUUCCAAAUGUCAUCUUCUUAAUCUAAUUUAAAGGUUUCCGCAAAGAAAAAUUGUGAAAGCCAUUUUGUCCUUAUGUAUUUCUCUGUUUUUAGAAUUUCUUAUGUAUUUCUCUUUUUUAAUUGUUAUUUCAUUGUUUUUUUUUUCAAUAGAAAUUAUUACAGACCAUUUAACAACAAAAUUAAUAAACCCUUAAUUAAUUAAGCAGACCAAUUAAAACGAAAAAUAAUAAUCCUUUGAUGAAUUUCAUCUCCCAUAGACCUUAUAUACAAAGUAUAAAAAUUAGCAAUUUUCGGCAUGAUAUUGUCUCGUAAAAAGUCAUGUGGCGUCGUGAUGCUAUACCCGAAUGUCGUGAAUUUGGUCUCGAAAGUUGCGCGAGAUUUCAAAGUUAUAAAAUUUUGCGGCGCCAUUUUUUUGUUGCGUUUUUAGAAAUAUCGCCCAAAGCGUCUUGGGGGAGGGGGCAUCAUGCCCCCAGUCCUUUAGGGUUAAGGGAAAAUGAAGGUGAAUGAAAAGCCGAGGACAAUAAAGAAAGAUAAGAAAGGGGGAAAUUAAAAGAAUAAAUUUGUCAACUAUUUUUAAGGGAGGACGGAAGAAAUGGGAGAAAAGGAGAGAAUACCAACACCUUUAAACAGUUGAAUGAAAUAUCGGAAAAUUAUUAUGAAUGAGUUCAUUAACCUGUUGACUACUGAAAUCUGUGAUUCCCAUAGGCUUUGUAAAGGGAGCACACAGUUCCAGUAGUCAAUGAGUUAACAUUGUGUGCAUACAAAUUGCAAGCUAUAAACCAAAGAAAUAUUCAUUGAUCGAGUGAUUUCAGCUUAAGACUAUCAUUUGUACAUUUUGGUGACUAUAAUAAAAGACCAUAUUUUCUACUUAUA